ACUUAGGAAUCCUUUUUGGUUUCAAACUCCUACCUUUCGUAUAUAUCCAAACAUUCUGUAAUUCCCGCAGACCGCAGAGAAGCCCUAUUAUUUCCGCCGACCGCAGUUCCUUUUCUUGGCAUCUUCUCUUCUAAUAUCCGCGACUCCUUCCGCAAUGCAAUGAACCCUGGAGCUAAGCUGGUAUUUGAUCAGGUCCUGAACAACCGAUUUAUUGAUUCGUUACCGAUCUAGCCAGCUAUUUCUGUUGCUUCAAACUAAUCGAAACCUGUGCAAAACUGCUCACCAUCUUCUCCUUUGACAUGGAAAGAAGAGGUAUUGCAAGAACCAACAAUCUCGGUUAACCUUCACGAGCAAGCAGCAAAUUGCACCUCAAUUUUCUGUUCCUGUGUUCCAUGGCAUUCAAUUUAAUUUCUGCAUACACACUCGAUCAAAUCAAACAUGGAUAUAAAUUUGCAGAGUUUUCAGAAAUUCUAUGGACUUGUUUGCUCCUUCUGGCAUCGGUGGUGGAGACUAUUACGGUGAUGGCGAUUUUCGGGUGGAAUUUGGAGGUGCUAUUUUUCUUUGUAGGGGGUGUUGGAGUGUUCAAGUGUGGGAUGAUAGUUAUGGAUUUGUAUGACAGGCCGGACCAAGAAUACAAGUGGGCAGGGAGGGGAAGAAAAUGCGCAGAGCAGAUUUUCUCCGAGGCUUUGCCCAUUGCACUACGCUGCAUUUUGCCGCAUAACAUCAGAUACGGUGUGAUAUUGGCGUGCUGGAGUCUGUACUACUACGGAUGGCGUCGCGUAUACCUGCGGCAUUAUGACAUGGGAGCUUGGGAAGUGUUCGUGUCCGUACCAAUGCAACUUUAUAUAUAUUCCUGUUUGUCACUUGAUGAUGCUGGUAAUCAUCGUGAUAACGUGUUGUCUAUCAUGGCGGGACUACUCGGCUUAUGUCUUCCCUGCUUGAGAUACUACUCCUAUGCUGCCCCUGAACUGCCCUCUCUUUCCAAAGAGUUGCUAGUUUGAUUCUUUGAUAUGAUGUGCACAAGUAGGUAGAUGAUUAGUUUUAUUUGUCCAAUUUAUGUGCUUGUAUAAUAAAGAACAAGAAGACUAGCUGCUUUGUAGUAUUAAUAACAAAUAUUUUAAAUAUUUCUUUCAUUUUUAUCCAUCAUAUUGGUUGAUUUUGCCGACUGAUGAAAAA